CCGCCCUGCCCACCGUGGCCCAGCCGGCUCCGUGGGAAGCGGCUCCUCGGGAAAAGCGGCUCCUCGGGAAGCAAGGGCUCUUCCCGCCCUGUGCGAGCCGGAGGCCCCGCCGGCAGGGGCCGCCCUCCGCCCGGGGCGCUCCUCCGGAGGCAGCCGAGUGUGCCUCUAGAGGGCCCGCCCGCACGCGGGGCCGCUCCGGCCGACGGCGCGCGCCCCUCUCGGUGGGCGGGUCCCGCCCCCGGGUGCGCGCGGAGCGGCCAGGGAAGCGCCGCCAUGAUGAACAGCGGCGGGAUCGGGGUCCCGCUGGGCUUCCCCCUGGGCCCCACGUCCGUUAUCCAAGUCACCAACCUCUCCUCGGCCGUGACCAGCGAGCAGAUGCGGACGCUCUUCGGCUUCCUGGGAGAUAUAGAGGAGCUGCGCCUCUAUCCCCCGGACAACGCACCUCUUGCUUUUUCCUCCAAAGUAUGUUAUAUUAAGUUUCGUGAAGCAUCAAGUGUUGGUGUGGCCCAGCAUCUAACUAACACGGUUUUUAUUGACAGAGCUUUGAUAGUUGUUCCCUGCGCAGAAGGUAAAAUCCCAGAUGAAGCGAAAGCCCUCUCUCUAUUGGCGCCUGCUCCUACUAUGACAAGUCUGAUGCCUGGUGCAGGGUUGCUUCCCAUACCCACACCAACCCCUUUGACUACACUUGGUGUUUCACUUGGCACUUUAGGGGCUAUACCAGCAGCAGCAUUGGACCCUAACAUUACAGCACUGGGAGAAAUACCACAACCACCAAUUAUGGGAAAUGUGGAUCCAUCCAAAAUUGAUGAAAUCAGGAGAACAGUCUAUGUUGGAAACUUAAAUUCCCAGACUACAACAGCAGAUCAGCUGCUUGAAUUCUUCAAGCAAGUUGGAGAAGUCAAAUUUGUGCGAAUGGCAGGUGAUGAGACUCAGCCAACACGAUUUGCUUUUGUGGAAUUUGCUGACCAAAAUUCUGUACCUCGAGCUCUUGCCUUUAAUGGAGUUAUGUUUGGAGACAGGCCACUGAAAAUAAAUCACUCCAAUAAUGCAAUAGUGAAGCCUCCUGAAAUGACACCACAGGCUGCUGCUAAGGAGCUGGAAGAAGUGAUGAAGAGAGUAAGGGAAGCCCAGUCUUUCAUAUCUGCUGCUAUUGAACCAGAGUCUGGAAAGAGCAGUGAAAGAAAAGGCGGUCGAUCUCGUUCCCAUUCUCGUUCAGAAUCCAGGUCUAGCUCAAAAUCCCGAUCUAGAAGGAAAAGAUCACACUCAAAACACAGAAGUAGAUCAGGCAACAGAUCUCUCUCAAGACACAAGGACAGACGCAGAUCCAGAAGUCCCCUGAAAAAACGGUCUAGAUCUUCAGAAAGGCGGAAAUCAAGAAGUCGCUCUCGUUCUCGGGACAAGAAAAGAGACAAAGAAAAGAUCAAGGAAAAGGAAAAGGUCAAAGAAAAAGAGAGAGACCGAGACAAGGAGAAGGAUAGGGACCGAGAAAAAGACAGGGAAAGAGAGCGAGAUAAAGAGAGAAACAGAGAGAAGGACAAGGAGAGAGAUAAGGAGCGAAGCAAAGAUAGAGAGAGAGCCCGAGAGAAAGAUAGGGACAGGGAAAAGGAUAAGGACAAAGACAGACAGAGGGACAAGGAUAGGGAAAAGGAAAAAGAUAAAGAGAAGGAAAAAGACAAGGAAGAGGUAGACCAGAACAAAGAAAAAGAAGAUAUUGAGAAAGAAGGAGAGAAGGACAGAGAAAAGAUUAAGGACAAAGAAGGAGAUAAGGACAAAGAGAAGGACAGGGACAAAGAAAAGGAAAAAGAUGGGGAUAAGGAGAAAGAGCGAGAAAGAGAAAAGGAGAGAGAUGAUAAAAAGAAGAAAGAUAAGAGAUCCAGAACACCCCCAAGAAGCUAUAGCUCUUCAAGAAGAUCUCGUAGCUCCAGCAGAGAAAGGCGUAAAAGGAAGAGUAGAAGUCCUUCCAAGUCUCCUAAAACAUCGAAAACAGCAAAAAGAAAGUCUUCACGAACUCCUUCCCCCAGAAGAAACAAGAAAGAAAAAAAAAGAGAAAGAGAUACAAAUAAUGAAAGAAGAGAAAGAGAACGCUCCACCUCCAAGAAAAAAAGUAGUAAAGAAAAAGAGGGAAAGGAGAAAUCUGACAAAAGCACCACUACUUUGAAGGAGAAAGAUAACAAUAAAGAGGAUCAGAAUUCAGAAACUGACAAGGAAGUAGACAAUAGAGAUGCACAAAGAACAGAUGAAGUCAAACUACAACAGAAUGGGAACUGUCAACCAAAUGAAGAAAGCCUGUCAAUUAAAAUGGAAGAGGUUUAAAGCAAAGAAUGGACUUGUGAUUCAACUAAGGAAUGAAAUCCAAAGCAUCUUAUUUCCCAGAAUGAGGAAGAAAAUGUCAAAGCAAUCAACCUGACCGUAUUGAUAGUACUAGUAGUUCCUACAAUUCUUGUGAUAGCUUUGUUGUCUUCUUGCUGUAAAGCAAGAGAACACGGACCAGUCGUUAUACCAUGAAAAGGCAGAUGCCAUCAGAACUAUUCAUCUCUGAAAAUCCAUGCAUUUCCAUGAUGGCUGUACUUGUAAAAUUAUGUAUGUUACGUUUUGCUAUAAGCUGUUACAAAUAAGUAGAAACUGAAAGAUGUAAACCUGUACUUCCCCAAAAAAGCUGAAGGUAUGCAUUGAAGGUUGUUUAAAAUACUGCUUGUUGAUGACUUGUGUUGUUUUGCCCUGUGGGUUAAAAAAUCCCGAUGUGUAAUGUUUGAUGUGCUUGAAAAUGGUGCAUAAAUGUACACACCUUCUUUCCUUGUAAAUGACAACUGUAGGGAAAGGGGUUUUAAACAUAAACACAAUUUUACCUUAUGUUAAAUACCCGAGAAUUAGUAUAUUUUUAAUUUGCUCACUGCUUGAGAUUCUUCGGGUUUAUUAUUUAAAAGAAUUUUUUACUAAUAUCCCUAAAAUUAAUAUUUCUUUUAAAGUAUUUGAACAAUGCAUGCUCUUUUUCUUUUCCUGUAAGGAACAUUGCCAUGUUAUAGAUAUUUGGUUAGCUUACUGGGUUAUUUUAGGAUUGGUUUGUUUUGUUGUUUUCUUUGUCCUUACAGAAGUGAGCACAUCAGUAUGGUAUUAUCAGAACUUACAGCUUUGUUUUGAGAUGUACUGCAGUGUGUCUGUUAAGCUGCAAAUAGUACAGGUGCCAUUAAGGAAAUCAUUUUUUUUCUUUGGUUAAAAAAUAUGGGAGCACAAGCAGAAGCUUUAGUGCCUUCUUAAAAUGUGAUAUUUUCUAGAAAUGUAUGUGUGCUGUUACACAUUUUCAGCUAAAUCUUAUAUGAUCUCUCUUGCUAUUUUGCCACCACCAUACUGUGGACAAGGAUGCAAGUGAUUUGUCAGAACGGUUGUUUGGUUCAUUUGUUAAAAUACUGAAGCUCCAUUUUACUUUUAUUUUUUACUCUUAAAGGAGAUUUAUAAAUGAGAGCAAAGAUGCAGUGUGGGGACCACCACUGUACAAAAGUAGUAGCUCAGCAUAAAACAUGUUCUGAUCACCUGCAUCAAGAAAGCCCUUAAGACAUUUAAUCUACAUUUGGAUGGCCUUAAUAGUUACCUCUUGAUCAUCUUCUCUGAUACCUGUAGGGUGAUGUAGAAGGAAUUGUUUGCAAAGCAGUGGGGGAUAAAUAAUUUGUGCAAGAAAGUUUAAUUUACACAGGGCUUACAUAGUAGAGGUUUUUUUCAUUUUUUGGGAAGAAAGCAUGUAAGAAGAGAAUGACGAAAUAUUUUUGUCAAGGUAAAACAUGGCUUGUGUUCUCUGAACUAAUUUAAUUGGUUACAUGAGAUUUCCGAAAAGUCAUACUUCUAAGACAUAAUUAUAGCUAAAGUGGAGUAGAUUAUUUUUACUACAACUUAAUGCAAUGGAAUUAAUUGCCUUACCUCAUGGGAAGUGUUAUUUCUUUCAGUUGAAAUAAAAAAAUAAUAGUGUAUUGGCUAUUUGCUUUCUAUUUGUUAUACUUUUCUUUUGCAUAGUUAAUUCUUUCAGUGGGGGGAGGAGACCAUGUUACAGGGAACAAAAAAUUUCCCCAAUUCCCAAGGUAAUCAAAUCAAUUUGAUUGUGAAGCUGCUUAAUCACUCUUCAUUUUUUAUAAGAUUUAGUGUUCCUACCACUACACAUUUAAGAGUACAGAAAAUGCUUUACCAUGUAAAGUAUAGACAGCCAUAAUUCUGAUAAAGAAUAACAAAUCUGUGUGCUUACAGGAAGACUGUGAAGGAUUGUGUCUUGCAACAACAGCUGUGUUGUUUAUGAUGUCUAAGUAGCAUAGAGCAAAGAGAUUGUUUCUAUACUUGUUAUCUUUGGUACCAUUUCACUAAUAAAAUUGAGUAUUUUAGAGGGAAAUUUCUGCUGAUACAUACUUAUUAAAGGAAUAUUUUUAGACCACAUGGUCUUACUCAGACAGCUUCUUUGAUUCAGAAUGUAGGUAUUAGUGAAAACAUACAUGUAUUUUUUUAUGGUAUCUUUGAAAAGCGAAGUUUCUCCUUUGGGAAGAAUUAGAAUUUUUGAAGUGUAUCAUGUUUUAGCUGAUAUUAGUUUGUUAUCUUUAGUUUUCUUAUUCUGAAAUUGGAUAGCCCUAUGCUAUAUCGGUUAUAGAAUAUGUAAAGGAUUGUGUACACUUAGCUGAGAAACAUGCCUUUGGAAAUUGAUAGUUAAAGGUGGCAGCCUUAACUUACUAGCUAACUUAGCACAUAUGUGAGGCUAUAUGCAGCACAUUGUUAUGUUGUAUGUGAAUUAUGGCUCCUUACAAAGUUUUUGUUUGUUUGUUUUUUAAAAAAGGAAAGAAACAAACAACCAAAGCAGCCAGCCACCAAACACACACAUUUCCUCCCCACCUCAAGUCAUAUUUUCUUCCGAAUACUUUGUUUUUUGGUUUUACUUUGUAAAUACUGUGCGCAUCUGUGAGGAAGUUAAGUUUUGCCUAUUUGUAUAGGAUGUUUUAUGGUUCCUCUCUUCCUAAAAAGCUACUACUACAGAACUAUUACUCCAUAAAAUGUGUAUCUCAGCAGGGGGUAGUUAAUUUUUAAACUGGUAGUGUAGCACAGUAAUUAAGUUCCAGCUUGCUCCUACAGGAUUGUGCACAUUAUCCAUUGAAUGUGUCCAUCUUCCAUGGGAAGUCCAUUGCCUCAUUAUUAACAAGCUUGCAUGCUGAGCUGCCGUGUCGGAUCACCUGGGUUUCUGCUUUAUAAAUGGGAUUACAUCGAGUGGAGGUUUUCAAAACAGUGUAGUUCAUAGUAGCUCUGUUGCUUUACAUGUAAUUUCAUCUGACUCAACCUUUACUUGAAAUUUUAAUUGCUCAGAAAAGUGAUGAUGCGGUGCCAUUUUGCAAAGACCGUGUAAAGCACAUAUGCAUAAGCUUCCAUUAGUGCCCACAGUUACUUCCCAACAGUGUUUCUAGAUAACAGACAUGGCUUUUGGAUGAAGAAGAUAGCAGAAGAAAACUGCUGGUGGAUGAAACAGGAUUUCAAGCUCAAGAUAGAGGUGGCUGUGGCUUAGAUAAAUUCAUCAGUCAAUGGAUUUACACAGAUGUGAGGGAUGGAAUUUUGUUUGCAAACACUGAUAGUAUGGUAUGUUAAGAAUGCUGGUUUUUUAGUAUUUCAGAACUAGAAGUAGGGAUAAAAGCACUGGGUUAGAAACUAGAAAUAUCUGAAGAAUACCUGGGAAAUUGAUGAGAUGUGAGUUCUGCCUACUCAUUAAUCACCUGCUAAUUUUUUUUGAUGGCACAUCAAAAUAGAUACAUCUGAACUGACCUUAUAUUAGCUGGCUGACAGCAGCAACCUAUGCACAGCUUGGAUUCUGAAAUGAGCUGUGGACACUUGGAUAUUUUACUCUGCUGCAAGGGAGGAAAAUUCUGUAGUCUGUAGUAUGCUUUGUGUUGCUUGCUACUGUUCUCUGGCCCAGUUACAUCUAAGGCAGUACCUGAAAUUACUUUGAAACCCUGCAGGUCUGUUACAGCGUAGCUUCUCUUUGUUGCGCUUAACUUGUAGUGAUACUUUGUGAUAGUAACUAAAGUGGGGAUUUUCUUCUGGUCUAAGAAAGAGAUACAUGAAGGCUGCUUUGUGUGUUAAAAAUUAUUGUAUAGUUCUUACCUGUCCUUACCUGUCCUUAUUACUCAAAUUUUUCAUUCAUGUGUAUGACCACUGCAAGCAGUAAUGUCAUAGUGAUGUGUGUAUUGUCUGUUUUAAAGUCUGAAGCAUUUGCAUCACUGUCUUUUUGUUGGUUUGUAAUGAAAGAAGAUUGGAGUUCAUGUACUUUUAGAGGGGGGAGAAAAGAAUCCAAAGUGUGAUAAUUGCAUCAUAAUGGUAAAACGGUCUUUAGGAUGUGAAUUCUGAAUAAUGAACUGAGUCAUAUUAUGGGUCCCACUUGCCACUUGUAUUUUCCAUUUUAUAGCAAUCAGUUAUUGCCUUUGGUGUUAUCAUAAGUUUAAACGUGAAAAUUUGAUUUAGUGGCAUAAAUGCUGAGAUCUGUAAAUGGCUAAAAUCAUGUCAAUCAGUAGGCACUUAGUUCAGAGAGAUGCAGUUUUCUCACUAGAGAUUGGAGUGUGAAGAGUUGAAAUAUGUAGAUAUCGUUGUGUUAGUGCCUAAAGAGAAUCUAAAAUUUAAUUUUGUUUGCUAAUAUGUAAACAGAACAGAAGCUUUCAGCUUGUACUUUAGGUUUAUUUUUAUAUGUUGAAAAGUGUAAUUGAAAUUAUAUUGAAAACUAAAAGCACAAAAGGGGAUUUUUUUAUGUAUGAGAAUCAUACUUUCAAUUGUUUAAUUUUAGACUUUUAAAAAAUGUCAUUGCAUGUAGUAUUUAUUUUUAUCAAGAAUGCCUUGUUUGUAACUAAGUUCUGUUGCAGGAUCUGAGCAUGUUAGUGUGUGGCUUUCUUCUGUAUUCUCUUCAAUGGACAACAGCUUAAUAAACUUGUCUGACAAUAUACAGAGGCAGCUACUUUCCAGCUGGUUUGAGGAGAUGAAGCUGUUUACACAUCGAUUAUGUAUUGUUCAAAUAAAUGCCACAGUUGAGAAGCUAUCUACAAACUUCAGUUUCAGUAUUUUCUGAACACAUGAACUCUUACUAUGCAAGAGGGAAACAUUUUUUUUAAAAAUUGUCAUGACAGUCAAUUUUAAGAUUAUUGAGCUUAAUAGAGGAGAACAUGGACAGCAAAAGUGAGUUUUUAGCUGUUUACAUAUUUUAUUCUAGAAAGCUUCAGCUUACACUUUUUUUUUAUUUUGUUGCAUUUUUUGUGUUCAUCUAGUGCCAAAUCUGAGAUUAGAGGGUCUUGUUGUACAAAAUGUGUUCUGUACUAAUCUUUAUAAUGAAAUUAUUCUUCUCACAUUGAAGAAGUUACAUGCGUCAUCUUUGGCCUAAAAGAUGUAUCAGCAAUGGUAAAAGAGUAAUUUUAUCUUCCUUUCACUCAGUUCUUCGUGUCACUAAUGAGGCUGUCAGUUAAGUAGCUUUCUUAGAAGAAGUUGUAGCUCUACUCCUUCCCUAGUGCAAAGAUUUAGAACUACUGCUGCACUGAUGAGUAAAUCAUGGGCAACUUAGAAAUUGCUACUUUGAAAAGCCAUCACUUGCGUAAUAUAAUUUAGUCAAAGGAAUGAGUGAUCCACUCCAGAAACACCAGGAGACUAAUUUAAUGUUCACAAUUUAUGUAUCCUGCCAGUACAUCCUUUCUGGUAUUUUCCCUACUGAUAUGGGAGCUGUGUCUCCUUUGCUACACACAAAUCACACUUAUCACUGUCUGGGUUCAGAUAUACCUGGGGAACCUGAGCACCCCAGCAGCAAAAGUAUUAUUUCCCUUCUCUAAGUUCGAUAUUUCUAGUAAUAAUGUAGGUAUUCUAAGUUUAAUUAAUAGGUAACCAAACUUGUGCUAUGUUGGUAGAGUAUAUUUUUGCAUUAAUGAAGCAACUAUGAAAUGGUACAUAUAAAGAAAUGUUAAAUGUUCUUAUGUAGUUGUUAUUUUCAUAAAUAAACAAUGUUCCAAAGUUUUAA